AUGGAUGUAGUUGUAUGGUGGCCAGAAGCCAGUGCACAAACUGUUCGUAAUCAAAUGUCACUCAAACUGAAAAGUCCUCAGAAUGUUGUACUUGCUCAAGCAAACACACCUCAACAAGUAUGGCAAAAAAUUACUUAUGUACAACCAGGAAAUACACUAAUACCUAGUGGUUCAUAUACCAUUCGUAUUGAUGUAGGUACUCUUCAACCAACAGCAAGUAAUGUGCGUCUUUUUCUCACUGCCUGUACUCGACCAGAAUAA